CGCCUCUCCCUAUAUAUUCCCAUCGCCCACAGAUCUCCCACCAUUAAUUUCAAUCCAAAACCUAAUCCCCAAAUCUCAAAUCGAAUCUCAUUCAUUUCUGUUCUUGGUUCUUGGUUCAAUAAUCUCUGUUCUUUGAUUGAAUAGUUAAAGUGUUAAUGGCGGAUGAAUCUGUUAAAGCGAAGAGACAACCUAGCAGGUUACAGCGGAGAGCGCCGGCGUCGAUACAGGUAACUCCGAUCGGUCACUGGAAUGUAGCGAUCCCUCUUUUAUCUCCGCUGGUUUUGUCGCCGGAAGUGAAGACUAAUUGUGUUGAAAAUAUGAAAGAGGAGUGUCGAAGAGUUGUGAAUAGUGAUAAUAAUAAGAUCGCAUCGGAGGCGGAGAAGACGCCGAUUGUGUAUAAGAAAUGGCAACAUCCGGCUGCUCCGUUUUACUACGAGUCAGCUCCGCCGUUACUCCAGUCGAUUUGUACUGGUAUUGUUGAUAGGAGUUGAUUAUCAGUUGAUGAUUCGUGAUUGAUACAGAGAUUUAAAAGGUAUCAUAUCAUUAUAACAUGUAUUUUUGAUUCGUAGUUUCGUAGAACUGAUCGUUUUUAGAUCUGUUGGUGAAUGAUUCGAUUCUUUUCUGUUUUUUUUUACUCGUUUGUUUUGGAUUACUUCUGAUCUGAAGGCAAUGGAUCUCAACUGUGUAUGAAUAAACAAUGGGUCUUGAUUCUUGAA